AAAGACUGGUCAGUGUUUAGGUUCUCUCCGCUGCUGGCCUUCCCUUCCUUAGUUCUUCCAAGAAAAAAAAAAACAAAAAAACUCUUCAUCCAUUCACACCCUCCUCAUUAGUGAGGACAGGAAUGGCCAGCCUGCUAAUUUAACCCACCCUGACUUAAUUAAUGUUCCAGUAUAAAAGAGGAGAAAAUUGAAUUACUUCUUAUGACCUGAAAAGGGGAAUGAAUGAAGGACUAAUUAAUAUUUCUACCGCAUGCUUUUUUUAACUUCUUAGCUUUUUUAUGAUCCGCUCACAGUUGUGUGUAAACCAUAUCCAGUCUGAUUAGCCUUCGUUCAGCCGUCCAAUUAGGCCGUGCUGAUUGUAUUUCAUAAUGUAUUCCUCAGAACUGGCCCAUUAUAGAUUCAGGAAUGUCACCUGGAGAAUGAAGGCGGCGCUCGUGUACGUGCGUGGGAGUCUUCAUCGCACACAAACAGGUGACGUAUGUUUUCAAGGAUCUUUAAUAGCAGGUGACGGCGUCAAGGUGAUGUCCACCAAGACGGCCCCAUGUUGAGCACCGUGUUCCUGUCAGUGCUCCUGAUGCUGGGAGGUCCUGGAGGAGCGGCGGCAGCGGCUGACUUCCAGGUCUAUGGGAAAUCAGCCUACAGUGACAAAAGUUUGCCGAGCAGCGAGGAGGGGAGACACACGGUGAGGAGGCAGCCGCUCCAGCAGGCUAAAGCUGUAACCCGCAGGAGUUUGGACUUGGAGAGGCUCAACAUGCGUGUGACCCCGACCGCCAGCAAAAGCAGCCUUCCCACCAUCAUCAAGCUGUACCCUCCUACAGUCAACCCCCACAUACACGCCAACAUGCCCAUGCGGUUUGGAAGAGAGGUCGAGCCGGAAGACGACCAGUCUCACAACACUCCCAACAUGCCCCAGAGGUUUGGACGGGCCUGGACAUUCAACCGAGUGUGUGUGAAGUGUCGAGGAGACGCCGACCAAGUUCUGCCUGGAACCAGUCUGUACUGGAGUCUCAUCAACUCUCUGGCUGUUGAACAGUUCUUCAACACUGACUUGCACUGGGCUGAAGAUUUUGACUUGACGGCCAAUGCAGAAGAGUUGGAAAUGGAGCGAACGUCCUUUAAGGGAUAAAGACACAGUGUCUGCAAUAGCCUAUAAAUAUAACAUCUUUUAGCCCUUCAAAACACAUUUGAUGUCAAAUACAAUAAACAUAGAUAACUUACAGUAUAUGUUAUUAUUAUUAAGGCAUGGGAAAUAAUAAAAGUUUCAAACAAGUUGCAUUUCGCUCUAUCUAUCUAUCUAUCUAUCUAUCUAUCUAUCUAUCUAUCUAUCUAUCUAUCUAUCUAUCUAUCUAUCUAUCUAUCUAUCUAU